AUGGCAUUCACUCCAUUAUCCGUACCUAGUUCUCCGGCUUCCACUAGGGCUAUAGAUGUCUUCAAGGAGCAGAGUGGUCUCCGGCAAUCACAGUCCAGUAAGGACCUUAUCAGACGAGCAAGUAGUAUUCGGAGGUCUUAUUCUGAUAAUCAUCUUUGCUACUGCGUCAAGCCUAUUCAAGCUGCAUCAGUGCAACCAAAACUAAAGAACAGCCGGUCUACGGGGAUUUUUCCCUUUCAGUUUUCGAGCUCCAUUCUCCCAAACUCGGUUAGAUCAUUUUUAUUCGAUGCAGACACGAGUAAGCAUAUGAGCAUGGCUGAGAGGGAAAUGGAAAUUGAAAUGGUCGAUAACUCUGGGGAGACCGAUGAAGCGGAAGGAGAUCAUGAGAUAAAGCGAGCAAAUUGGGUGGAGAGGCUUGUGGAGAUCAGAAGUAAAUGGAGGAAUAGACAGAAGAAAGAGGCCGGGGAUGAAGAUAGUGCUUGUCAGGAAGGUGAAGAUGGUGAUUGUGAAUGUGGAGAAGAUAGUUGUUCAGUGGAUUAUAGUACAGAUGAAGAAGAUGGAGAGGUAACUGCUGAAUUUUUCAACAGGUUUUUGGUCACAGUACCAUGGUCUGAUACCAAGCAAUUUUCUCAGCUAGCUUUCUUGAGCAACCUGGCAUAUGUGAUACCACUGAUCAAGGCAGAUGAUUUAAAGAGAUAUUACGGCCUACAAUUUGUAACAUCUUCAUUAGUAAAGAAAGCAGAGGCAGAGGAACUCAAUGAAAGACUCGAUCAGGACUCUAUUCGCGUACCUGUACCUGAUGAAGAAUCCAGUUCAGAGGCAGCUACAGACUCUGAGCAAAAGCAUUCAAUUCAUCCAUCUGUUGCUUAUGAAAUCGCAGCUUCAGCAGCGUCUUAUGUCCGCUCGCGUGACAUGGAUGGUGGUGACGUAGAAAAUGGAUUCAGAAACGGAGACCAUUUACAACAACGGGAUGAAGGAGGGAGCUCUCCCAGAAUUUAUAAGUCGGAGGUAGCUGCUUCCUUAACAGCAUCAACAAUGACACUCAUGGUUACAGCAGGGGAAAAAGUAAAACAAGAAACAGCAGAGGACCUACGGUCACCCAACACUGCACCUUGCGAAUGGUUUGUGUGUGAUGACACCAGUACAUAUACUCGCUGCUUUGUGAUUCAGGGCUCGGACUCCCUUGCAUCCUGGCAGGCAAACCUCUUCUUUGAACCCACAAAGUUUGAGGAAACAAAUGUACUUGUUCACAGAGGAAUCUACGAAGCAGCAAAGGGAAUGUAUGAGCAAUUCAUGCCGCAGAUAAUGGAGCACUUGGAUAGAUAUGGGGAGCGUGCAAAGCUUCAGUUUACUGGCCAUUCUCUUGGAGGAAGCCUCUCUCUUCUUGUCCACUUGAUGUUACUGACCAGGAAGUUUGUCAACCCCUCCACUCUUAGGCCAGUUGUGACUUUUGGCUCACCAUUUGUGUUUUGCGGAGGCCAGAAAAUACUAGACGAGUUGGGUGUGGAUGAGAACCAAAUCCACUGUGUGAUGAUGCAUAGAGAUAUUGUCCCAAGAGCCUUCUCCUGCAAUUAUCCUAAUCAUGUGGCUACACUCCUCAAGCGUUUAAGUGGUUCAUUUCGAUCACACCCUUGUCUGAUAAAAAAGAAAAUGUUGUACUCUCCGAUGGGCAAACUAUUCAUUCUUCAACCUCAUGAAAACUCAUCUCCGCCACACCCUCUUCUGCCCGUGGGGACUGCCCUCUAUGCUUUGGACAAAACUAAACAUGGGUUUUUGUCAAGUGUCCUUAGGGCUUUCUUAAAUUCCCCUCAUCCACUAGAAACUUUGAGCGAUCCUACAGCUUAUGGUUCGGAAGGUACAAUCCUACGGGAUCAUGACUCAAGCAAUUAUCUAAAGGCUGUGAAUGAUGUCCUGAGGCAACACACAAGGAUGGUUGUUGGCAAAGCUAGGAGACAGGGGAAUCUCUUAUGGCCGCUACUUGCUUCACCAUCUCCACACACAUGGAACCAUGAAAAUAAUCUGGAGAGCGGCAUAUUGGUGUCGAAAGAGAUUCUCACUGGAGUUUAAGACCAUUUUAAGGGGUUCUGUACAUGCAUGUAGAGCAAGUUCUUAAGAAGUUUGAGUAGAGGAUUGAUUAGUCUGUUCUCUCUGUUCAAUGUACAUCUCUUUCCCCCUGAGAAAGUCUAUCUAUGUUGCCAUCAUUUACUAAUAACACUGCAUAAAAUGUAAAAUCAUCGACAACUA